AUGGCUGGGUUAAUGCUUAAACGAAGCUUUUCGAUCAGUACUGUUGCACAACAACUCGUCAAGAUACCCAUUCAGUUUCAUCCAAUAUCAAUAAUCGCCAACAAUUUUCAGGUGCACGGUAUUGAAGGACGAUACGCAUCCGCACUCUAUUCUGCGGCUUACAAGCAAAAGAAACUUGAUGCUGUCGAUAAGGACUUUAAGUCUAUCCGAGAAGUUUACAAGAUGAAUCCAAAAUUUAGGGAAUUCGUCAAGGAUCCAACACUGAAACCAAGUAAUAAAAAAUCUGUCAUGGAAGCGUAUGCUAAGAAACUUGGAGUCUCCAAAGAAGUCGAAAACUUUUUAGGUAUGUCAAAAAAUGAUUCAAUCGUUUGCAUUCGUUGA